AUGUCUGAGAAUGAAGGUCCGCUAGAUUUGAUUCCCACGGUUAACUACCCACCUUUGCUUACGAAUGCGAAUUAUCUCUCCACGAAGCAGAUGAUCGAUCAAGUUGUCAGCGAAGAUCAGGAAUACGUAUCCUGGAAGCUAAAGAGUAUGAGAACCGGUGGCACUAUGAAUUCCUACAUGCAGGAUUUUCUGAGAAAGACGAAAGAGAAUAAUAACCUUCCGAUGGAUAGCUCAGCGGAAGACCACAGCCCAAGUGAGGAUGAGAUCAACCAUGUACCACGAAAUAUAUGCUUUCCAAGGGAUUUCUACGAAGAGGCCUUGCAAAAAGUUCCACGUCCUCGUGAAAUAAGUCAAGAUGAGCAAUUCAAGCUCUUGGUUACAAAUUUGGAUGAGCAGCAGACUAAUAGAUUUGAAGUCUUCCAUCGGACUUCUUUGAAUAAGACCCAAGUGAAGAAGAUUGCGGGAAUGGUGAUAAAUCAAAGUGUUACGGAGAACAUUCGUGUCUUUCUGCAAGCUAUUGGUAAACUGUAUGCAGGAGAAAUUAUAGAAUUGGCUCUGGAUGUAAGACAAAAAUGGUUGGAUGGGAGGAUGAUGAUUGAGUUCGAUCGUCGUAAAUCGGUGGCCAAAAGACUAAAGAAAUACCUCAAGAAGCUGACAAAAUUCGUAGAAGGUAGUAAUGACGAUCACGAGGAUAGUGUAGACGAAACAGAGAGCGAUUUGUAUUUCGAUGAUGAAGAGGAUCAAAUGGUACUAGUGGAGCAAGGUAACAAGCUACUGAAGAGCGAGAAAAAUUCGCCUGAAAUCCGAUUGGGUUUGAUCAACCAGUAUAAUAAACUUGUUAAAGAGUUUAACACAAUAGAUGUGAGCGUAGAAAAAUAUGCUAAUAGUCCGAUUCUACCAGAGCACAUAAGGGAAGCAUGGCGAUUGUACCAAUUACAAUCGGAUACACUUCCGGCAGCUCAGUGGCGUACCCAAGGGGAAGGAAAUGGGUGGAUGUUUAGGUAG